GAUACUCGACGUGUUCACCUUCAAAAUGUUGAGGCACGACGCAUGUACACCCCACGUAUUGAUGCUGGACGAUUUUCUAACGCCAAUGGUGCUGAUGAACAACACGAAGACGUCGAUCGAUUUGGUAAAUCAGUUGUAGACACAAAUCGCGCUGAUGCCAAUAGUGCCGAUGAACUAUUUGCUGACGUCAAUAGUACUGAUGAACAACGCGCUGAUGAAGCCGCUAGAUUUACUACUAGAUCCGACAAUCGUAAAGUUUUUCCUGCGUUUGGUAGAAACGUUUCAAUGAAUAAUCAAUUACUGGUGAACGGCCAAUAUAAUGUCAAUAAUAAUCAAGAUGGCGGCCACGGGACCUUCGAAGUUCAACUUGGCGACCUUGUCAGUGAAAAGCAAGAUGGCGGCAUUGAUAUUCAAGAUGGCAGAUUCGACGAUACAACUCUCAAAACUUCCUUCUUCGCAGCUUCUUUGUUCCCCAAGCAGGAGAAGUCCCUGAUGACCGCCUUAAGCUUGGCAACAGCGGAACAUUCGACGCCUGGCGUCGAUGCAUUUGAGACGUCGGAUGUCUGGCCAGCCGUCGCAGCCCUCUUGCUGGCACAGAUGUUGCCGUACGUCGCCAGCAAACGUAUGGCAGUCUGCGUUUUUUGAGACGUCAAUUUCAUUUUUAAAACGUGACGUCGGAAGCGCCAAUACAAUGUCAGUGAAGUCAGCCAUCUUAGUGGUCGACAAAUAUGCCGUAAUAAAAUAUCCCUGAUAAAAAUAGUGAUUCUAAAAACGUAAUCAGUGGUUGUGGUUCUUGUGGAUAAAGAAAAAACUAUUAACGGACUCGCCAGAAGUUACGAAGAGAUCAGUUCACCCCGCACCCGACACGAAGUUUUGGUCAACGUUCAUCAUUGAUUGACAUGGACGUUCUUGCGUUCAAAUUAUGAAGUAACUGAUAAUUCCUCAUAGAUGGCAUGUCAAAAGGUAACUGAUUAUUAAUCACUGAAGAUAGGCCAGUCUGGAAUCAACUGAUAAUUAAUAAUGUUAUGCAUAAAAUUCAUUUUAUAUGUCAGAGAAAACUAACGAGGUUGGAACUAUCUCUUUAUAUGAAUUUUGUCAAAGAAAAUCGAAAAAAUUACAUUAUAUUCAG